AUGUCUUUCAAAGUUCUCUCUCUGCUCCUCGCUUCUCUGGGCUUUGUUUUGAUGGAAGAGAAUGUCUCGGGUGUAAGUAUAAGGACUCCCAGUGCCAGACCAGUGCAAAGACGCUACUCUGAAGCCACCCUGGCAAGCGAUUACAGCCGCGCGAUGGAUAACAUGCUGAAGAGGAACUUUGUGGAGUGGUUGCUAGCCAGACGGGAGAAGAAAAGCGACAACACCAUCGAGCAUUACAAGAGGGAAGCUGAGCCCCAAGUCGCAGUUGCGAAUGGCCAGAGAUUGGACCUGGGCACCCAGGAAGCCAAAGACUUCUCUGCCUGGCUUCUGAAAGCCAAGAAAAACCAGAGUUUUACUUCUCUGGAAGGUUCAGAAGGUUUGAAGGAUGUUUUGAACCAGGAAUUUCUGACAUGGCUGAUGUCGACCGAUCUCUGCAGACCAGCGUGCCGACUUCUCUCAAAACUGGUGGGUACUUACUAUUAG